AAAGAGGAAGUUUUGCAUGCAAACAAUGAAUCAGAGGGAAAAGUUGAAGAGUUAUACAAUCCUUUUAUUCUGAGAUAUCUAUAUCUUCAAAAAUCUCUGAGAUUAAAGCACACGUCUAUUAUUUUCAAACUCGUGUGGUUUUAGUCCAGAUAACGUUGCCUAGAGCUGAAACUAUCAACUAAACCAACACAAACAAACCUCAUGGCAGGAUCCGAGUCAAAAGCCUCCAAAGACUUGACUGCAAUGAUGGAGACGAUUAUGCAACAACUUCAGAGCAGGUUUCAGAACUUAUCUGACCAAAUCAUCUCCAAAAUGGACGAGAUGGGAACACGUAUAGAUGACCUGGAGAAGAACGUCGCUGAUCUCAUGACGCAAGCAGGAGCUGAGGAUCAUUAUAAAUCAAAUGGCUUUGAAGAGAGACCAAGCUGGCCAAAGCACUGAGCAGAAAUGUUGGAGAAGCUUGAGAUCAACAGAAUAUUUGUUUAUAUGCAUGAAUUAUUCACCGGUGCCUUAUUUUCUGUAUGAUUUAGGUUUGUAUAUAUGAUGUGGAUCUUGUACUUAAAGCAAUAAAUUAACUUGUUUAGCCUCUUGUGUUAAAUCGUUUCGAGGAUAUAAUAUAAACAAAAAUUUAAACUUGUAACAAGUUAAUAUAAAGUACCUCUUGCUGACAACUUCAAUGAUCUUUGAAAGCUGUCAUAAAACUAUAGGCCAAAAAGGCUUCAUUGGUCCAUUUUUAAUGUGAAAUACUUGCAAAGGACUUAGGA